UAGUCAGUGGGCUGGUGCAGGGAGAUAGAUAAGAGAUAGACGCCGUGUGUAACUGUUGUGCAUAAGCCGCAGCCCUUGCUUCGUGUUCGCUCGCUGGCAUAUCUCGCCUCAUUCUGUACACAGUACAGCUUUCCCGAUAAACAAAAGCACUCCUACUUCCGGACGCACAUUAAGAUUUCCCAAUGGCAACCAUUGAUGCCCAGGACCUUGGAGAAAGAAUUCGGCGCUUUCGAGUUCUGAUUGUAGGGAGAAGAAACGCAGGCAAAACGACCAUCCUUCAGAAGGUCUGCAACACCACCGAUCAACCAGAAAUUUACGAUGCCAAAGGACACAAGAUAGAUGCUGCUAUCGUGAAAGCCUCGCUCAAGCGUGGAAAGCACGACAUCACGAACGAGAUAGUGUUUAAAAGCACUCCCUGUUUCGUCUUUCACGACUCGUGCGGUUUCGAAGCGGGCGGUGAAGAACAGUUUGAGAAGAUGAAGAAAUUUGUCUCAGAACGCACACAUGCGAACAAAUUAGAGGAGCGGAUACAUGCUAUCUGGUAUUGUAUUCCAAUGGGUGACGGGAGUCGACUAUUCCAGCAAUCAGAGGAGAAGUUCUUCUUACAGUGCGACACUGGGCGCGUGCCCGUGGUUGUGGUGUUCACCAAGUUCGAAACUCUGAGUUCAGUCGCGUAUGGUCAAAUCAAGAAGCAGCUACAAGGGGUAUCAACAGAAGAAUGCUCAAAAAGGAUUACCCAAUGCGUCGAAGAGCUGUUCGCGAAAACAGGUGUCUUGAAUAAGUUGCGCAAACCUGAAAACCGUGCCCGUUAUAAGUCUUAUGUACGCUUGGAGAAUAUGAACAAACCUCAUACAGACUGCAGCGCUCUACUGGAAUGCACUACUCUCACACUGGACAACGAAGAAUUGCGGUUGUGCCUGCUGUUGACACAACAAUCGAACCUGGAGCUGUGCAUCAAGUGUGCCGUCGUAACACUGAUCGACCGUACACAGAGUCAGCUAUUCGGGCUACUUCGAAGCAAUUACGAUGACUAUCAGUAUGACAUUGCUAAGUGGUUUGCACAUAUCAAAGUAAGUUGAAGAUUGAUUCAAUCGGACAAAACCCUGGUAAUGGUGCUCACAAUGGUAAAUAUCGAAUUGCUAAAAUUGUAGACAUUCUGAAAUUUUGCUU